UAAGACAUUCUCGUAAGAUAUUAAAUCAUGUGAGCCCAGAUUGUCAGGUCAUCUAAGUUGAUAAAGCUUUAUCACAAUAAUAAUAAAAACAAAAAUACGAUUACACCUCAAGAGUUAUAUCAGCUCGACAGAUUGAUACUCGUUCAUAAAUUUACAACAGAAAAAUAAUUAUGUAUAUGUUCGUUUUUCUAUUAGCUAUUUGUGCUACGUUGACUUCAGCAAAAGUUCUGAAGGUUCAGAUACAAGAUGGGGAGGCUAAAACAGUCCAAUUUACCAUGAAGAAUGUUGAAAGUUUUACAUGGAAGAACUGCGGAGGUCAAGGUGCAGGAUUCGCUGAUCUGUCACUAACCCCUGAUCCUCUUCAAUUUCCAGGAACUAUACACCUCUCUGCAAAAGCAUUCAUCAAUACUACUGUCCAAGCACCUUUACCGGCUACUCUUCUCAUCGAAAAGGAGGUUGCAGGAAAAUAUAUAAAGAUUCCAUGUAUUGAUAGUUUUGGUUCAUGCACAUAUGAUGACGUAUGCGAACUAUUAGACGGAGUAACUUGUCCAGACCCUCUUGUUAAGGCUGGUAUUCCUUGCCAGUGCCCAUUCAAGCCAGCUCAGUAUACUUUACCAACAGCAGAUUUUGAAGUUGAUACGUCAUUUUUCCCAUCUGGUGGUUAUCACAUGAAGGGCAGCAUCAGUAUGAAUGGUCAGAUGACAGGCUGUUUGGACAUCUACGUUACAGUAAAUUAGUCUGCGACAGGCAAGUGAAGUGAGAACGGUUUUGAUCGAGUUCUUAAACGGAGUAACAGAGAAGAAAUAGUCCAAUGUUCAGUUAAAACAAAUGGAAAACAUGCCGCAUCUAUUCAACAAACUAUUUACAUGAUUAUUUCAGUGUCAUUGCAGUAUUAUAUAUUUUUAUUAUUAUAUUGCAUGCGUAUA